CCCACUGUCCAGCAAGCCCGGCUCACGGAGCCCCUCUUCUUGCAUCACACGUUGCCUGGCUGACUGCCGGGUGUCGCACCACUCGAUGAACGUCAUCGGAGCCAAAGGCAUGACAUCGACCUCGAUGACGUAUUCCACCUCAACUCGAUCGGCGACGACACGCACAUGACGUCUCUAGGAGUUCUCUCGCUGGUGGCCCAGCUGAUCGCGCUGACCGACACCAGCGCAACCGCAGCAUGUUUCCCACCGGCGACGCUGCCGCUGGGUCGCCUCGGCGCAGGAGGUGGCCGGCUUGCGACGGAGUGGCUUGGUGGGCGCACGCUGCAGCUUGCGAGGAGCGCGCGGCAGGUGCUCGACGAAAUGCCCCGGCAGCUUAGCCCGACAGGUGCUCGACGAAAUGCGCCGGCAGCAUCGCCCGGCAGGUGUUCGAGGUAAUAACGCUCCAGUGUCCUGCAAAAUGGCUAUUGGGUGACCUUCCUGGCCAGCUCGCGGCGGCCGUGAACGCCUGCCGCUCGGCCCAGCUGCACUGCUGCUGCAGUACCCGAGGCGCCCGCUACUACAGUAAAAGGUACGCAUGCGCCCACCUGCUUGCUCUUAUCUUCUUGCGUUUCCAUUGCACUUGCGCUGUGAUGGGUACUUUAGUUAUCAAUGUGCAAAAGUUCAGAAAAAGAUCACUCCCUCUCCUCUGUGUGAAACUAGUGGGAAAUGGGAUUGCAUUAUCUUAGGCGGUUGGCGUUAGGACCGAGGGACAGGCACGAAGACUUGGGCAUUGGCAAGUCUUCGGUGAGAGGAUGCUAUCUGGUGGCAGCUUGUUGUCUUGUCGUCCUGGCUGGACUUAAAAACAUGCCGAUCUCUGUUCAUGUGGCAACCUGGUACUUGAAUGGCAUUAUACUGUAUUAGCUUGCCAUGCACGUGGCACUUAAAUAAAGUAAAUCUAGCACGAUUCUCGCUGGAUACUACACAAGCACAGGCACAGGUACAGUCACAGAGCACCCCAACAAACCUCUGCGCAGUAGUAUUAAGAAAACUAGAAGAGCCAAGUCUCAGGUUCAAUGUUCACACACACUUCACACACCUGUUGUAGCCCUGAAAUUGAAAUAGUGAUAGAUAAACCUUCAGGCAUCACAAUCCAAGAAUUGCAAAACUUUUCGUAUAUUCUCGAGGUUCAUUUAGUUAUAAGAUGAGGAAGAUAGAUAGAAAGGGCAAAAGGAAAGAGCUAGGAUAGGAGUUUAAAGGGAACAAAUGACUGAUCCUCUUGCAAAGCAACAUACUAGCACUAUAUUCAGAUGGAAAUACAUGAGAUGUCUGACAGGCUUUGGAACACUGUCUUGGAUGUUUGUGCAAGUUGUACUACAGUAUCAUGGCUUGACAGGAGUACUAUACUAAUACAAGAAGGGAGUAUAUCCUAUUGCAAUUUGGUAGACAUGGAUUUAGUAAAUACUAGUAUGCUAUAAUCUGAUUAGGCUGAACCCAGCGCAUAUUUUGCCCACAUAAGUUUGUGCUGCUCCAAAUUAGGUAGGAAUGUACUAUCUCCGUCUUAAAAUGUAAGCUGUUUCUUUAGGCUAUGUAAUCUGAUUAUCUGAACCAAGCACAUAUUUUGCCCACGUAAGUUUAUGCUGCUCCAAGUUUGGUAGGAGUGUAGUAAAUAUGCUGCAUGAAGCUAGGACUCACCAGGAGGAGUAGACUGCAGAAAAGGACUGCUGCGCUUUUAUGGCUACAACGGCGAAGCUUCGGCCAUUUGAAACGGUCCACGGUUUUCUCCAUGGGAUAUUAUUGGUGGGCUGGGACUGCGAUGUGGCUUUGAAGUUUACUCAGCAGAGACUAAGACCAGCGACGUUUACUAGUUCAUCUCAGUCUUGCAAACCCACAUACGCUACAAUCUUUAGAGAGGAGCUAGAGAUUUUCAAGGAAUCUCGGAGCCAUGGAGGAUUCCGGAGGGCAGAAUGGCAAUGCCCAUGCCCCUGCAGCUGCAGGCAACACCUCCGACGAGCCGCUGCAGCAGCAGCCAACUGGCGCCGACGAGGAGGAGCUCCUGUGGAAGCUGCGGAAGUACCUGGUGCUGAUGGCCAUCCUCGUGGCGGCCAUCACGUUCCAGGCGGGGCUGGCCCCGCCGGGCGGCUUCUGGCAGGACAACGACGAGCACGGCCACGUCGCCAGUGACAUCGUGAUGAGGUCCAGCUACCCCAGGCGGUACCUUGUCUUCUUCUACUUCAACACCACGGCGUUCGGGGCCUCGCUCAUGGUGCUCAUACUGCUCCUGCUGAGGGAGCUGACCCACAAGGCGGUCUGGCUCCGCGCGCUCCAGUUCGCCAUGAUUCUUGGCUUGCUGGGGCUCAUGGGGGCCUACGCCGCUGGGAGCUACAGGGAGGUGAAGACCUCUGUUUACAUCUGGGUGUUACUUGUCGGCAUAUUCGCGUAUGUCACACUUCAUGUGGUAUUCUUCAAGCAUCUGGCACCUAAGAAGCUGCAAGUUUUAUUAUCCGGUAUUAGUGAAAGUUGGAAGGAAACUCUGAGGCACAUUUUCAUGCCAUCAAAAACAGACAUUGCAACAGAUGUGCAAGAGGCGCCAGUCCAGAUGGAAGAAGUAGUAGACCUUGAAAGAAGUCGCAGCUUGGUUCUUGAUCUUGCAGAAGAAGAGAAGAGAAAAAUUGCAGAAGAGGCUGCAAAGGAGAGAGAGGAAAGGGAAAAUCUUGAAAGAAAUCGCAGCUCCUUACUGGUUCUUGCCACAUUGGUAGCAACAGUGACAUAUGUCGCAGGGCUAACCCCUCCAGGUGGCUUCUGGUCUGAUGGUGACAGUAACCACAUUGCUGGUGCUCCGGUGCUCCGAGACCAUUAUCCACGUCGAUUCAAGGCGUUCUUAAUCUGCAAUGCCACUGCUUUUGCUGGAUCCCUUGUCAUCAUCAUCAUGGUCCUCAGUCAAACAGCGAUGGAUUAUGUUGUUAAGUCAAAUGCUCUGCGGUUGUGUGUGAUAGUUAGUCUCUUUGGGCUUAUGGGGGCAUAUGCUGCUGGAAGUUGCAGGGAGGUACAUACAUCUAUCUAUGUCUUUGCCCUUGUUGCUGCAGUCUUGCUCUACCUCAUCAUUCAGUGUAUUGAACUUGCUUUGUCUAAGUUGGCAUGUAUUGCAAACACCAUCACACGUGUGAAAGAGAGAAAUAAAGAAAUGGUUCAGAAGGUGAGGGAUUUCAUCAAGGCCUUGUUGGAACCUGACAUGCAAGAUCAAUCAAACAACGGCACCCCAGGCACUGAUGUUAAGAAUGAUUUCCAGAAGUUGCGCACAUACCUUCUAUUGCUUGGCAUCCUUGCUGCCACAGUCACCUUCCAAGCUGGGAUGAAUCCACCAGGAGGCUUCUGGACAGAUAACAGUGAUGGGCAUAUUGCUGGUGAUCCAAUUUUGGAGGCCAUCAGUCCCAAGCGCUACAAGAUAUUCUUCUAUUGCAAUGCCACAGCAUUUGUAGCCUCUUUGGCCAUCAUCAUCAUACUCCAGAGCCAGUUGAUUACCAUUCAUGCCAUGAGGCGUCAUGUACUGCAAACAGCGAUGACACUGGUGCUCUUUGGUCUUAUGGGAGCCUACGUUGCUGGAAGCAGCAGGAAGUUCUCAACAUCCAUUUAUGUGUUCAUCCUAGUCCUCCUGGUUUUCGCCUAUGUUGUACUUCAUACUCUAUAUGUACCUCCCAUUAUCAAGAUAUGGUGGGAGAGCAUAAUAGGGGCUUCUUCUAGACCUGCUGAUACUCCAGAAGACAAAGAUUUGCGGAAGAGGCGGAAGUUUCUGAUAUUGCUCGCAAUUCUAGCAGCUUCUAUCACAUACCAAACUGGUAUAAGCCCACCAGGUGGCUUUUGGACUGAUAAUGAAAACGGCCACCGAGCAGGUUACUCGGUGUUUCGUGAUGAGUUCCGAGAACGCUAUAGGGUGUUCUUCUACUUCAAUGCUACUGCUUUCAUGGCAUCCCUGGCAGUAAUUCUGUUGCUUGUUAGCAAGAGGCUAUGCGACAAAGGUCUGAAGUGCUAUGCGCUGCGUGCAUGCGUACUAGCUGAUCUGAUCAGCCUCAUUGGUGCUUUUGCUACUGGAAGCUGCAGAAAAGUGUCAACAUCUUUCUAUAUCAUUCUCGUUGUUCUUGCAGUGUUUGUCUAUGUCAUAAUGCAAGUCCUGCUUCUGAAAUUUGCAAAAGAAAAGGUGAAUUGCUCGCUGCUGGGGCUGAUGUUCAAGUUCAAAGCCAAGCCUUCCGAGCACCAAGAUUCAUUAACGAAUCACACGACAAGCACAAGUGAUAUUGAUAGUAAGAGAACGGAGCACAAAUGGCGCAAAGAUUUGAUGCUGAUCGGAACUCUUGCAAUCACUGUCACAUACCAAGCCGGUCUGCUUCCGCCUGGAGGAGUUUGGCCUGAUGACAAGGAUGGCCAUUUUGCAAGUGACCCAAUCCUCCAUGAUACCAACCUAACACGAUACAAGGUAUUCUUCUAUUGCAACGCCACAGCAUUCAUGGCCUCAAUGGUCAUGGUCAUCCUCCUACUGAACAACACAAUAAGCAAGUACAAGAGAUCUCUCUUUGCCAUGAAAACAGCAAUGAUCUUGGACUUGCUUGGUUUACUUGGGGCAUAUGCCGCGGGCAGCUGCAGGAAGUUGAAGACAUCUGCAUACAUUUUUGCACUCGUCAUUGCAGUGAUCAUCUACAUCGUCAUUCAUGUCUUGUUGUCAUUUGACAAAGUGGCGCGGUUAGUGAAGGAGAAGGGGGAAAAGUGGGUGCAAUGUCUGAAAAGGUGCUUCAGUUGCAACUGAUUCAAGCAAUCAACCAUCUGACGGGGAACCAGGAAAAAGUCCUCUGCAUGUGUAAGAGUAGUCUCAGUUGUGACAUUUGUUCAGUCUAUCAUGAGAUAGACACAACCUCCAAAGUUGUAAUUUGUAUUUUAUUGUUUCUCAAGGCCAUCAUUUAGUAUUAUUUGGUGCAUUCUUUGAAUGUGAGCAAAAGAUGAUAUAAAUGACAACUGUGAGAUGUGAAGUAGUUCUUCUUUCUUAGUUGAUAAUUUGUGGAAUGACCUUCUGAUGUGGAGAGGAGCAAAACAGUCUGCAUCGAUACACAAUCCUUGGAACAAUGCUGAAUGAAAGAGAGAAAUAGGUGUAAUGUUCCAAAGUGAGGAUGUCAUUUUAGCUAAAUAGUCUCUUUGAAAAUGAAGCAAUUCGGUCGUUUACUGCAGGGCGGUGUCACUAGUAUUUUAUCGGCACAGUAACACUGAUACCUUCAUUGGAUUCUGAGUUGAGUUGCCCUGUUAUUGUGUGUAAAUGAUGUCCAGGUAUGAGAAUAUUUUGGGUAUGCAUUAUUUCUAGGCACUGUACUUUCUCUGAUUUUAUAAAUAAAAUUUCAAGGAGGGGAGGGGGGGUUGGAAGAUAGGUGUUCAAGGAUGGAGAGACAUGAGAAUAAAUCUUCCUUUUUCCUUGCUAGAGAGGAAGGAGUAUUUGGCGGGACUACCAGGGAACUCCCUUCCUGGUUUCUCUGAAGAAAUUCCGCCAACCGGGCCCAUGAGGCCCUUGUCAGUGUCUGAUGAAUUUCUCUGUAACACGGCGCAUCAACAGCUUGGCGAAGUGCCAGGAGAUUGCACAAAUAAGACUGCGUCUCAGCUUGCCAAACUAAUCGGCAUGGGCCAUCUGUGGCCCAAACUCAGUGGAAUGAUUGGGAUGAGGACCUGAUUUUGGAUGGUGCAGAAUGCCAGGUUGGACAGUGCAUCUGCUUAUAUGCUCUAAAUGAUUUUGCUUCAGUGUGGGCAUGUCACCAACAUUAGAAGCUAGUGAAAGCUAAAUAUCUAAGUUAAAAGCAAAAUAUCCAUGAAUAACAGCCCAGUAUAGGACCAAGAAUUCAUUCAUUCAAGGAAGACUAGGAUAACAAGAUAACAGAACCUCGCAUUCCCAGUUUAUCUACCACACCAAUGAAAGGAACUAGUUUGCAUUCCUCGCGUACUAGUGUACCAGGGUAGAACCCCCUGGUAACACAAGUGCCUACGGAUCAGGAAAGUGUGCACAAGGUUCAUUGUGCAGUUAUAACCUAUAUUAAUGCUUUUAUUCCCAAAAUUGAUAAAUGAUAAGUAAUUCGAAUGUUUGGUUGGAAAUAGGUGGGCCAAUAUGUUUGAAUCACGUGAUCUAUGCACCGGAUGGCCCUAAAGCAAGUAGAGGAAUGGUACAGUGAAGUUGAUACAUUUGGUUCCGUUUUAGGGGUUAGUUUGGUAUACCUCAUAAUGUAUAAUCUGAAUAUCUAAUAAAUGAACACCCAUACUAUUAAUCUUGUAGUUGGAAAAUGAGACUUUUUUUUGGACAGUGUGAGACUAAAAUAUUUUGCCAUGUGUGAUCUGCAAGCAGAUUUUUUGACACACUAAGAUUAGACACUGCUAUCAACAGUAAGUCCAAGAUCAACCAGGCCAACUAAAAAGACAAGAACAAGGGGAAACAGUCUACUUUGUGCAGGAUUGAGAAAAAAUACUACUGGACAAAUUGUGAAUGUCAGAAUCAGUUUUCUGAAGAUGAUUUAAUCGAAGGGAAAAAAGAAGCUUAUAAUCAGGGAGAGGAUAAUAAAAGAAAGGUAAGUUGGAAAAUAAAUACUCUUACAUAAUAGCGUAGAAAUACCUCACCGAAGGAUUCAGACCUGCUUUACUGUUUAUGCUGGUCUACUGCAAAGAGAUACUUUAACUGAAACAAUUACACAAAGCUUUGAUUGCAAAAGAAAAAGUUACACAAAGCUGGGAAUCCACUAGGAAUAACCGAAUUGAAAUACUAUUAGUUUCUUUGUUUCGUUUUAUUUUUUUGACAAAAGCAUGAUCAUUUCUUGGUGGCUAAAUCCAAAGCUAUUUUUAGUAUCCUUUUGACUGUUUCUGGCACUAAAUUUGUCAUUGGAUUUGAUGACACCGUUUGUUUUCUUCACACCCUCUUAACUUCCGGAGAUAAUAACAAGGACCAGAACCUGGGCAUAUUAAGAGUCUGAAGAAUGAUAAAUGAACGUGGCAACCUUCAGGCUUCAAAUUCUUAGCUGAGAUCUGCAUUGGUUCUAUGAGCUCAUGGUCAUGGAGUCCGAGCCACAGCCUGGUGAUGGUCAUGAACCUCACAAUACCACAAGUCAGCAACAAAAACACCAGUGUGAUCCCAAACACCGAGUAGUGCUGAUGAAGCAGAGCUUCUAUGGAACCUGAGGAAGUACUUGAUCCUGCUGGCAACUUUAUCAGCCACUAUCACCUACCCGGCGGGGGGCACAACCGGGUGGUCUCUGGCCAGAUAACCAGCAAGGCUACCUUGCCAGUGACGUUGUCAUGUUUCUUAGCCGCACCAAGCGGUGCAAGAUGUUCUUCUACUGCAACACAACAGCAUUCAUUACAUCACCCAUUGUUUGAUCCUGCUCCUGGUCAAGGAGCUGAGACGGAAUGCAAUUUGGCUUCGUUUGCUGCAGUUUGCGCUGCUGCUUGACCUGCUCGAACUUGUGGGGGGCUAUGCUGCCAUGAACCGCAGGGAGGUGAGAACAUCCGUUUAUAUCUGGGUAUUAGUUGUUGGCAUCUUCACAUAUGUCGGACUUCAUGUAGUAUUCUUCCGCCAUCUAGCUCCUGAAUGGCUUGGAGAAAUAUUCAGGGACAUCCAGAGGUUCUGGGAGGAUUCUAUAGCACACCUUUUCAACAGAAGGCACAACAUAAAACAUGAGCUAGAUGCUCCUAUCCAAGAUGAAAAGGAGGCACUGGAGAAGAAUCACGGUUUCUUUCUGGUUGCAGCUACAUUGGCAGCAACAAAGACAUAUACUGCAGGGCUAAGUCCACCAGGCGGCAGAUCUUACUAGGAUGAUAACAAGGGUAGCCACAUUGCUGGUGACCUGGUGCUUUGAGACCAAUACCCCCUCGGCUUCAAUGUGUUUAUGUUCUUCAAUAAAACUGCCUUUUCUGGAUCCUUUGUCGUCAUCAUCAUGCUUCUCAGUAAAACGAGUUCACACUCGAGGGUGGCCCGAUCUUCACAUCGUAGGAUCGAAUCGGGAGGGAUAACUAGCUGCAAGCAACCGGGAUAACUAGCUUCAUAGCCUGGUCGCCUUCCACGAGAAUGACUAGAACUUUUGACUCACAACUCUAAAUGAUGUGAAGUUUUUUUGCAUUGGAAAGUAAAUUUGAUGUAGCUUCUGGUGAUGUACCCAUAUGUCCCCGUCUCUCCUCCAAAUGGGUGUGGCACAACGAAACACCAAAGGUAAAAACUGGGAGCAUCAGCUUCACUUGAAACUUGUUUUGACAACACUUGUUUCUUCGACUUUGUUUCUUCAUGCGCUAAGAUAUUAUUUGCUUCCUUUGAUAUUGCACCUGAAAUAACCAACAACAAGGAGAUGAAAGCAUAGUUGUGUCAUCAAGGUUACAAGGAGAGCUUCGGCGCCGAUGAGGGUCGACGGGCUCGAGCGGACGCAAGAACGACGAGGGCGAGAGGAAGAAGAAAGGUUCGAGCGGGCGCGAGGUAAAAAUGGAUCUGGGACCCCUGCCAUCCUAUUUAUAGACAGGGUAAAUACCCAAGCGUCACGGUCAAGCCCUAGGUGGCACACUAACUUUUUGCUAAGAAGGCACCUCGAUUCUCGCGUUGACAUGAUUUGGCCUAGAUUGGGAGUACCAGAAGAGAAUGGGCAAAAAUAAAAGAUAAGUAUGAAAGAAGUAUUCAUAACCGGUGAAAAAUGGCCGAGAGGUGGAAUAAGAGACGUCUUAGCUCGAAGCAUGGGACAAAGCUGACUCUUGCAGGUGAGACCCAGCCAAAGGAAACCCGGCGAAGGAUUGGAAGUGUAACCUGGCCUGUGUUGAAACCCGCCAAGAUCCAGAAGGCCCACACUGGGUAGCAUUGUAAGAGAUGCCGACUGGUCCAUGGGCUUGUAAGGAAAACCCGACCUAGGGUAGCCGGCUUAUGACAAAUCCCAAGCCAGAAGGAGUUCUCUGAACUUGGAAGACAAAGAAGAUCUACAAGAUUUAGAAUAGGACUCUGAUUAUGGGUACAACCCGGAAUCCACUGUAAGCUAGGGACCCGACCUAUUAUAUAAAGGGGGUUUCUGGGACGUCCAAAGGGACAGACAAGUUAGAAUCUCUCGAAAACUAGGUAGCAAGAUACUAGCACCCUUAUAAUUGAGAUUAUCAUCAUCAAUAGCAAUCAAGCACGAGUAGACUUUUACCUCCGCCGUGAGGGGCCGAACCUGGAUAAA